AUCGCUUUGUUCUUUCUCUCAAACUACCAUUCCCAGAAAAACGCCUACGCAUCUAACCCAUCAUGGCAUAUGUACGCCGCUCCCUUCAGGAUCUCCAGGAGGAGUACGACGAUAAACGUCCUGAAUCGCUCGACAAGCUGGUCAAGGCUUUCCGGCACAUCCAGAGUCUUCCAGCCCACGAUCCUGACUCUUUCCAUAGGAUCGGCGGUUACCAUGGAGAGCCAUUUCGCUACGAAUUAGAACCAGAAUCUCCCAGCAAAGAUUGGUGGGGAGGGUACUGCUUCCAUGGUUGUGUGCUGUUCCCCACCUGGCAUCGUGCCUACUUGUUACGCCUGGAGCAGGCACUCAGAAAGGUGGAGGGAUGCGGGGAUGUAAUGCUUCCCUUCUGGGACGAAUGUGCCACGAUGUUCCAGAAAAAGGACCAUCAGACACCGAGUGUCAUCCCCGCGGUGCUCACCUGGCCUCAAUACACGAUGGGCGGCGAGACCUUUGACAACCCGCUCUAUUCCUUCAAGCUUAAAGAGGCUCUUGAAGAUAAAAUAGAGGGCGCAGGGAGCCGGUACACAAAGCCCGAGGGGUAUGAGACAGUCCGGUACCCGCUUUCGGGCUUGGUAGGUACAAGCGACGACAUCAAGACAACAGAAGAACACAACAAACAAUUCCCGGAUGCGAAAAUAAGGGCAGAAAAGCUCAACGAGAAUGUCGCCAACUGGCUGCGCAUUGGACCGAAAAUCCCCAAAGACGACCUUGAUAAACCUACAGCUUCCCCUAAGGACAGGACCUCGGUCUUCAGCCGAUACACAGACUGUCUGGAGACCCCUAGCUUUACCGUGUUUUCAAAUACAACUUCCGAGCAGAAGGCAAUGGGCAUAAAUGCAGAAGAUAAACAAGAGGCAACACACCUAGUAUCCUUGGAAAACCCGCAUAAUGCCAUUCACCUUGCCGUCGGAGGAUUUUAUCAACGGGGUACUUUCAACGCGGAUGUGAUCGUGAAUGCGAAUGGCGACAUGGGUGAUAACGAGACAGCGGGCUUCGAUCCCAUCUUCUUCCUUCACCAUUGCUUUAUCGACUAUGUUUUCUGGCAAUGGCAAGUGAGGCACAAGGCCACAGCAAGCCUGGUGAUUGACGAAAAUGACGAGGGUGCUAAGGUUCCCAAGGGAGGAAUGGUUAAUUUGCCAGAAAAUACCAAGCUGACAAUGGAUACUCCCCUGGCACCCUUCAUCAAGCCCGGCUUCCCUUCCGCAGGCGACAGCAAUGAGAAUUGCUAUACGUCCAACGAUCUUGUCGACAUCGAAAAGCUGGGGUACAAAUAUGGUCCGGGGUCGCUGGAUAAGGACAAGCCAACAUCCCCUAAGAAGCAGAAGAAAGGUGGCGCAAUUAAGCAGAUGAUCAAAGUCUCGAACAUCAGCCGAGCACAGUACAAAGGGUCAUUCGUGAUUCGCACCUGGGCCAAAGGCCCGGGGUUUCAGGACCAUGUCUGGAUUGAAAUUGGUCGCGAACCCAUCCUGAGUCGAUGGAACGUCAGCAAUUGUGCGAAUUGCCAGAACCAUCUUGACGCCGUUUCAAUGAUCCCGCUCGAUGAUGGUAUGCUUGCUCAGCUACUGGGAGUAGACUGGGAGUCACAAGGUCGAACCGUGAAUGACAUUACCUACGUGGUUGACAUUCAUAAUCGCAAAGAGGUCAUUCAUAUCCCAGACUCCUGGCUCUCCCCUUGGAAACCUGAUACCCCUUCCCUGGAGCAUUUGAUUAGGAAUGAGACUUUGCCAGCUUAGCGUAUGACUUGAUUUGGGCUUCCUUGUGAUAGGCUACGCCUAGAUCGGCACUCGGAGCAAGCCCUCGCAAGCACGUGACAAUUGGCUAGUUUUGGUGUGUGGUGAAUGGUUGAUUGGUUUAUGGCCUAUCGGCUGAGCUAACUAUAUAAACUACCGGGCAGAAAGCGAGGGCGGUCAG